AAGCAUCAAGUAGCAGCAUGAGACACAGUAAACAUACAUUAGUUCCAGAUAACACUGGGUGUAAAUGUGUAGAUGGUUUUGGAAUCAGUGUGUGUUUCAUACAUCAAAAACAUAUAAACUAUGUUCAUUUGGAAAUACUUCAUUUCCUGCAUUUCAAAAGAUAGAUUGGUAAACAUGUAAGCUUUUCUAAGCCCUGCUUACUAACUAUGCAGUAUGCACUAUGCAGGAAGAACCUGUAAAUGACUCAGAGGAGUGUCAACAGUCCCCAAAAUUGGCCCCGCACGCAGCAAGAAGAUAUCAGUUGUGACAGGAAGACUCGACACCACACUUGGGCACAUAAGUACAUGAUGAAAUCAGACUGAACUGAAAACGCCAAAGACAGAAAACAGAAGUAGGUGCUGAAACUGGCAAACACAGGAAACGGAAGUAGCUAACCAUUUUAAUUUUCCCUCCUAAGAGGAGGAGGCCUGACAGUUAUUAACAUGCCUCUAAAGAAUUUGAACUGCAAACUCGAAUAACCAGCUUUGAACCAUCACACAUCCAGUGAAGGGCUAACCACAAACAGCAAGUGAAGCUAUGAUGACUGAUCAUGCUGAAGAAGAGCAAGGAACGCCAGGAUAGGUGUGGUAACGUUAUCAAGCUUUACAACAAUGAAUUCUAUACUGCAAUUCUGGAUGAAGACUUGGGACGCAUCGAAGACAUUACAAAACAGUACGGAAGCAACUUUCUCAUCGAGGUACAAGAGGGUGCACCUGGAGAAGUUUUCUGGAAGGGACUUGCUAUCUACCCCCUUCACCUGGCUGCCUCUUACAGAAGAGUUAAGAGCAUGCGUAGCCUGCUGUCAGCGGGGGCAGAUCCUGAAAUAAGGGACCAGCUCGGUCGAACCACUCUGCACUUGGUGAUAACCAGUUGGCCGAGCAUCCUCACUACUUGGCGAAAACCGAGUUCCAAGGUCCAGACGACAGUGACAGGCGUGCACGAGCAUGCAGAGGCCUGUCUGCGGCUCCUCUGUGAGCAUGGCGUUGACGUAAAUGCAGAGGUGGAGGGUGAUAGGCGUCAGACAGCUCUUCACCUAUUAACACAAUAUGCAGCUCUGUCUGCCGUUCAUAUUUUGGCCAGCUAUGGCGCUAAUGUUAAUGCUGUGGACAGCAGUGGGAUGACGCCCCUGCAUAUGGCCGCUGGGAUCCUCCACAAGGACAUUAUGGCCAGCUUGAUCAAGGAGGGAGCGGAUAUCAACAUGGGGGUGAAGCACUCUGGGAACACUCCUCUGCACCUAGCUGCUAUGGCACUGGCUGUUAAGAUCACUAAAACCCUGGGGGACGAUAAUAACUGCAUCUCUGAGCUGGUUGAUCACGGGGCUGAGGCUAACGCUGCCAACAAAGCUGGAAGGACACCUUUACACGAGGCGUGCAGCAUGGGCAACGAGGAGCUGGUGGAUCUGCUGCUCAGGUACGGAGCCAACAUCAAUAAGCUGAGCAUAGCAGGAGAAAACUGUCUGUUCCUGUUCCUGAACCACAGGCCUAAUCUAAGGAACAGCUCUCUGCUGUUAAAACUCUUCAGUCUGACUUCCCCGCUCACAGUCUACAAUCAGAAAGGCCACUUGCCCUCGACUUUGAUGCUACCAUGUUUCUUCAAACAGAGAGACCAGCUACUAAAACUCACCCAGCAGCCAAGGAGGCUAAAGGAUAUUUGCAAGAGUGACAUUUAUCUGAAACAUGUCCAAGACAAGAGAGAGGAGUUGAGAAAAAUCCUGCCUGAGCGGUUAUAUGACUUUGUAUUCAACUGCUGGGAGAAUCUACACAUUUCCUUUGAGACAGAUGAACAGGACUCUUUAAAUGACUCCUAUGAUAUUGCUCCUAUUUAACACCAACAUGUCGAUGCAAACUGCAUCUGAUCAAAUACAAUCUGUCGAAGCAGCUUACCUUCAGA